AUGAAUAACAAUCCUCCUGAAAUAAAUUGGCCUGAAAUAACUCCUCCUCUAGCAAUAGAUCGAUUCGAUAAAUAUACUCGCAAAUCCAUAGCAUCACCUAUCGAAUACUUAGGUAUAAAUGAAACACUCUGGUUACAAUGUCGUUCAUUUGCAUUAGAUCUGUCGAAAAAAGGAUUUAUUGAUCCAGUAUCAAUACUAUAUACAUCAUUUAAACGUCUCUAUUCACCAAACAUUUCAUUACAAUCAUUUAGUCGAUGGUUACUAUUGGAUGAAUCAAAUAAAAAGGAUUUUCAAAUUAAUACUUUACUUUAUCCAACAUAUUAUAAAUUGAAUGAUAUUCUCAAAUCAUCAGAAUCAACAAAACAAAUCGAUUUUGUUAACCCCUUAACUAAUAUUGAACAGAUUUGGUUUUUACUUUCAAUAUCAAUACUUGUGCCAGCGCAUGGCUUUACAUUAACGCCUGAAAUAACGAUAUUCAAUAAUUGUUUAGCACGUUCAUCAACUCAUUGCAAAAGAUCAAAAACAUUACGCAUAACUUGUUUAUUUGCAGUAACACCUAGUGGAAAAUAUUCAAAUCAAUUAAUUAUAUGUAAAACAGGGAAAAAUUUGAAACUUGAUUAUUCAUCAACAUCAUUUACACGUAUCGUGACCACAGAUAAUGGUGAUAUAUCAUAUGAACAUAUACAACAAUGGCUUGAUGAUUUUGUUUCGUCGCCAUAUGUGACCAAGGAUAGUGCUCUUCUGAUCGAUCCACGUACAACUCUUCUAACGCCUGACUUUUUAACUUCCUGUCAAAAAUGUGAUGUAAAUAUAAUAACAACUGAACUCGAUUCAUAUUUAACACAUAUAUUAUCCCCAUUGUUUUCGUUAUUUGAUAAACAAUGGUCGGCAGCAAAUCAUGUAGAUAAAAUGCGUUGUAAACCUCUAACAGCUAUCGGACGGAUAGUUCAUGCAAUGUGGUUUACGCUUCGAACACUUAAACAAAAUGAUCAAAUAUCUAAAUUAUUCAAUCAAACAAUUUUAUGGAAAAAAAAUGAUCAACAAUAUGUGCAAUCAUUGCAAACAUCAUCACAAAAUCUUUUACCAAAGAAGAAAAAGAAAAAAACCCUAGUUAAAAUAGGCAGUAAAACAAAAUUAACUUCACAGACAAUGAUGGCAGAUCCACCUAUUGAUUCUACACCAGAACAAAUUUUAACCUACAUUCUCAAUCGACAAAUAUCAAUAUCACGUGCAAGUAAAUAUUUAGGUGGAAUGAAACUAGAUUAUUUCAAGUAUUGUCUAUCAUAUAAAAUCAAUCCAUCAUUGACGACUGGUUCAUGUCUUACACAAUUAAAUACGUUUAUGCAGUCAAAAUCAACUGUUGAUUGGUUACGCCAUUUACGUUCGUUAAAUUUUUGGCCAUGCGCUAAACAAUUAUUUUUAAGAGAGAUCUAUCAAUUAACUGGUAUAGUAACAUGUAGACGUGCAAUGAAUCUCUGCGGCAAUAUAAUGGGCUCAAUAAGGCCUUGUGAUCAACAAUCACCUGGCAGUUUUUGGCGAGCAUUUGAAGAUAUUCAUCAUAUUCAAUUGGAUAAUGAAUCAAUUAUUGAUGAUAAACAAUGGAAUGAAGAUUUUCAACAAUAUUUAAUCGAGAAUGAACUUAAUCAUGAAAAAGCUCAAUUGUGGACUAUUGAUACAUUUGAAUUUCCUUUAACGAAAAAAUCGACUAUACUUCAAUUACCUGAAUGGAAUGAAUUACGUCCAAUGAAUCUUACACCAAAAGUAACUGUAAUCUAUGCAUUUUCCAAUGAUGGUCAAUCAACUGAACCAUACUUGAUUUUUCCUAAUGCACUUCGUGAUAUUACAAUAAGUAAUGAACAAGAUUCAUUCAAUGAGUUAGGUCAUUUAACACCAUUAAUAUUUCUUUCUUGGAUUGAAAAAUGUUUCGUCAAGAAAGAUAAUACUCCCAUUGUUCUUAUAUUUUGUUCCCGUUUACCUAUUCUAUCAUCGGCAGUUUUAUCUUCACUUGAACAAAAUAAAAUCUAUCCAUUUGGAUAUCCAUCGACACGUACAUUACCAUUUCGUUACUUAUUUGAACGUCGUGUACGUAAUAAUCGUUCAACAAAUUUAAUGAGUGAAUUAUGGAAAAAGAAAUUAUUAGAUGAACAACGUACACAUGUAUUGAAAGGUUCAAAUUGUACAGUUAAAAAGAUACGAUAUUAUUUUGAACAAAUUUGGCCAAUUUUAAUCAAUGAAAAUCGAGAUGAUGAUGAUGAAAAUAAAACAUUUAAAGAUAAAUGUCAACAAGCAUUUCAACAAGCAAAUAUAGAUUUAAAAAUAAAUAUAAAUGAGAAUUUUUCUGGAAAAAAACUUAAAACAACAACAUCCGAAAAACAUCAACAGAAUACUAGUACAGCAGUUUUUGAUACAAAUCAAAUUGUUGAUGAACUUAAUCAUUUACUAAAUGUUAUUACUCAAGUUAGAGAACAAAUUAAUUCAACACAAAUUCUUAAAAUAAAAAAUAACGACUCUUCAGUUUUAUCGGUAUCAAAUGAAACUAUAGAGAAUGCUGAACUGAAUCUUCUAUCUCCAACUUCAUCUGAACAAAAUCAAACAAUAGAACCAAUCGAAACAAACGGUACUUUAAAUCUAACAGCUAAUAAUGAAAAACGACCCAGUGAUGAAAACGAUGAACCACGGUUAUCAAAACGACCACGUUUAUCAUGUUCACAAUCUCUUGAUCCAACAGUAGCAGCAGCAGCAGCAGCACCAAUGAACACAUCUUGGAUUCCACCAUCAAAACAAACAGUUAUGAAUUUGCAAUCUCAAUCAUCAUCGUUGUUUCAAUUCAUUCUAUCACUUGUACAUAUAAUAUUAACUUCAUCCGAAAGUCAUCUUACAGAUGAACACUGCGGUUGGUUACAUACAACAGUUAAUCAUUAUGAUGAUAAUAAUUAUAACAUUGACAAAUUGAAUCUUCUAAUGGAAACAGCAUGUUUAGUAGUAAAAACAGAUCUAGUCAGAUAA